AUGGGGACGGAUACAUUGGAAAAGUUGCGCUCGGCGGCGAUGGACGAAUUGGACGCGUUUGCGGCGCGCGAGCCCGAGAGGGCGUUGGAGUUAAAGAAACUUUGCGAAGACGCAGAGGCGAGGCGCGGUCAAAUGCGCCGACUCAGAACUCGACUCGAGCAAGUCGCCGAUUUUGAACGUGAGACCGCGGCGCAGACGCGAGAAAGCAUCGAUGCGUUGGAAGCACGCAUACGCACGUUAGAAGAUCUCGUGCGUGCGCGAGACGCGGCCGUACGGGAAAGCGAACAGGCGAGGCUGACGUUGCUCGAGAAGACGAAACGCCUUCAAGCCGAAGCGUCGACGCGAGCGGACGAUCUUGAACUCAACGUGCAACGCGCGAAGCGAAUGGAGGAAACAGUUGCGCUAUUGACGAGUAAGGUAGCCGAUCUCGAGCGCGUGCGCUUGGAAAACACCGAGCUUUACGGUGAGUUGGAUGAAAAUAAACGCGCCGCCGUCGCGCUCGAACGACAGGUGGACUUGUACAGAGAAACCGCGCGAGCCGCGGAGAGCCGGCAACUCACCGCCGAACUCGCGGCGGCAAAGAGCGAAGCGCUAUUGAAGCAAUACCUCUCCUCUCCAGCGGGCGAAGACCGUUUACGUCUCGAAAAUCGCAUCGGCGCGUUGCAAGAAAAGAUUCGAGACUUGUCCACGAAGGAAUCCCGCCUCGCCGAGCGCUUUCGCACGGUGCUCACCGACGAGCUCGCGAGCACUCGACACGCGCUCGCACUCGAAAAGCUUCGCACGACUAGCACUUUUUAA